CUUCCACAUACGCAUGUCCAGACUUGUCAAAAGAACUUUGCAAAGUCAAUUAUGGUGUGGCGAGAAACAAAUCAUUGAGGCCUUCGAAGGUUUCAUAAUAUACAAUGAAAAGAGCAUAGUUUACUUUGACUCCAUGCCAGGCGGCAAGGAGCUGAACUGCAAGUUCAAAAAAACCAUGGAUGAACAGAUCGUCACUGUCACAUUCUUACCGUAUUUGCAAGUCAUCGCAAUUUUAUUCUUCAAUCGUGAAGGUAACUUCUAUUGCCAAACGUACGAUGUCGAUUUCAAUAAAUCACCGAUUACAACUAAAUCCUCAAACGCUCCACCAAGGGAAGAUUAUCUUAGUCAUGGCUUAUGUGGUAAGUCUCAUAUCUACGUAUACAGCUAUUUCAAGCAUGAGCUACUGUUUACAAUUUUGCCAAUUGACGAAUUCAUCGGAAAUUCAAAGAUAACUCUCUCGGGUUUUAACGUGUACUUGUUAGGGAAAAAUGAACAAAUGAAAGCUUGUGCUAAAAGGUAUAUUCUCACAUAUACUUCAACCUGGUGCUUGACGGAAACAAAAUUAUGGUCUGAUGUUGCAGAAUCGUUCAAUGUUUUUGAUUGUGAUGUUUUAGCCUGUUCUCAAAAAUACCUAGUUGCCACUCUAUUCAACAGCAUAUAUGUCCUGGACUUGAAUAAGAAAGGUAAGAAAACUACAAUAGAAACUGACUCUAUCAUAACCUCUUUUUCUUGGAUAACAAACAGCAAAGCUUUUCUAACUACAGAUUCAUAUCAGCUGUUUUUUAUUAACAUGAAUACAAUGAAGUUGCAGCCCAUACCGAGCACAUCGUUAUCAAUAGGGGUGGAAGAUGUCAUAGUAACAAAAUCUCAUAUUUUUUUGCACAACAAACUUACUGGAUUCUACGUUUUCGAUAUUGAGAACAGUUCUAAAUUUGGAUUCAUACGAACAACAAAGUAUAUUCCUGCUCAAGAGAUAAAUCUUUUUGUCGGGGUAUCACAUGCGUAUAGAACCAACUCUUCAGAAAAUAUUAUCUCAUUCACUGACGGAUAUAAUUCAAUAUUAACAAAAAAGAUGCUAGACAUCAAUAUUUUGCAAGAUAGAUUUAGAUUCAUAAAAAAUCAGCUUUUCAUUGGUUUUUACCAAGGAGAUGACUUUCUGACAAAAGACCUGAAUUCACAAUUAUACCUGAACGGAAAGGUUGCUUUCAGUUUUACGGAUGAAGCAAAUUUGGAAAGCAUCACACCAUCAAAUGCUCUUUCCAUGACGGGGAUAAGCGAAAUUGCAGAAUCAGUAAAAGAGUCUCCAACUCUUUUCAAUCACAAACCUGUCCAUGCCUCUUGUUUUCAAGUCUAUAAUAACUUUACAAUUUUGUACGACGACAAAAGAAAAUCCAUGCAUAUAUUUCCGAACAACAAAACAUUUUAUCUAAAAACUGAAUUCACUCCCAAAUCAAUUAGGAUUUACAAUUGUGAUACUGUAUCAGUCACUUUUUUAUUAUUUGACCACCAACACAUCAAUGUGUACACUCAAACUCAAUCUUGUGAACCUGUUUUGAUCUCACAUGUUGAUUGGGGUAUUGCUGAACCUAUUUUAGAUAUUGACUUUUCAGGUUCUUUCGAUUCUUUAUAUGUUCGUACUCUUUUGGAAAAUGUCUGGCAGGUCAAGAUUCCAGAAGUAAGUUCUAUUUUAAUUUCUGAAAGACUUUAUUUCUCUCAUAUAUUUUCAUUGAGACAUCGGUUAAUUGGUAUAUCCUCCCUGGAAAAUAAAAUAUAUUGCAUUAACUACGAGUCUUGCAAAAUAAAUAAACUGAUACGAACAUUUGAGGGUAAAUUAUUACAAUGCUCAAAAAUUUCAAACUCUUCUAUAAUUGUUUCUACCACCACUGAAAUGUUUGAAAUUGAACUAGAGGUAGGUGACGAGCGGUACUAUGAAUCUGCGUUAUUAGGUGUAACAAAAGCUUCUUUGAACUAUGAUGAAACACAAAAAUUGGUUCACACUUCCAACGGGCUUUAUAUGGUCGACACUAUUCAUCUCAGGGUACAUGCCUCUAUUUUGCUACCACAUAUCAACGAUGUAAAAGUUGAUAAGAAUAUCGACAGAAUAAUAAUUUCCGUUUGGAAUCCUAAUGAGACUAAAACGGCUAUUAUUCUCAAGGUCAGUUACAAUAAAGAACUCGGUAAAUUUGAAAUUGAAAGCCAAGCUCUCAAAAUGAAUGUUGUCGGUAAAGUGCUAAUAGAACCGACAUGCAGCCAAGUUUCAUUUUCAGGUGAGCUUUACAGCUACAAAGAUUCAGAUAAUUUUAGUAGCGCUAUUGGCACAUGUUAUCAACCACCUGCAAAAGACUGGUUAUACGUGGAAAAGCAAAACUAUUAUUCUUAUCUCACAGAAACUAAGUAUUUUGUGGUCUCAGAUCAAAGUGAUGGUAAUCUCAUUUGGUUUGAUAAUGUUAAUCAGUAUUUUGCCCUCAAUAAUUCCAACUUCUUGAUAUACAAGGACGACUCGCUGUAUUUUUUCGACUUUCAAGAAUUUCAAUUGAAUAGGCUUUGCAAGCUUGAAAGGGGAUUUCAUGUAGGAAAAGAUCUCAAAAUUCAGUGGAUAGAUACUUCACUCUUGACCUGGGAUAGGUCAAGGUGCUUGUGGAGAAGUAAACCAGGUUACUUUAUCACUGCUAUCAACCCUUCAGGUUUAUAUGAAGAAUACAUAAUUGAAUAGUCUAACCAAGAAAUGUGUCGCUCUCAAACACA